AUGGGCAAGUCGUCCAAGGACAAGCGAGACAUUUACUACCGCCUCGCCAAAGAGGAAGGCUGGCGGGCACGCUCUGCCUUCAAGCUGCUGCAGCUCGACGAAGAGUUCCAACUGUUUCUAAGUGCGCCCUACUUGUUUGUUCCAAUGGAAAGUCUGCCGGCACACUGCCAAAUCCCAAGAAAGAUUGUCGCCGUCGAUCUUCAAGCAAUGGCACCGCUUCCCGGUGUCAUUCAAAUCCAAGGCGAUAUCACGAAAGAAUCAACGGCGCAGCAAAUCGUGGCCCACUUCGAAGGCGAACUAGCUGAUCUUGUUGUGUGCGACGGCGCUCCGGACGUCACGGGUCUCCAUGAUAUCGACGAGUACAUCCAGGCACAGCUGAUUCUCGCGGCUUUGAACAUUACAACACAUGUCUUGCGACCUGAUGGCGUUUUUGUCGCCAAAAUUUUCCGUGGCAAGGAUGUCUCGCUGCUCUACUCGCAGCUCAAGCUGUUUUUCCGCAAUGUGACUUGCAGCAAGCCACGAAGCAGUCGAAACUCGAGCAUUGAGGCCUUUGUUGUCUGCCGUGGUUACAGUCCACCGGUGGGAUUCGUUCCAACGAUGGCCAAUCCGCUGUUGGAUCAGCAGUAUGAUCUUUCAUUCAAUCAAUUGGAAGGCGUCAACCGGAUUAUUGUUCCGUUUGUCGCUUGCGGAGACCUUAGCGCGUACGAUUCAGACCAAACGUAUCCCCUGUCGCAACCUGGUCAGAGCGAGUAUCACUUGCGUCCGGCUACGCAGGCUCCCAUCGACCCUCCGUACAAGCAAGCACUGCUUCUUAAGCGCACAAACAUGGCUGCCCCUCGAGCAGCGUCUGAUCAGCCCUCAAUUGGCGCAGCGGCAGCGGCAGCUCCCGAGCCAAUGCAAAUGGAGUAG